ACUGUACGUUUUCACUGCAUUAUACAGCGUAAGCCACCGUCACUCAGUUCAGUCCCUGUAUCUGAACCGAAACUCCCGCCUCUGAGAUGGCAACUUCCUCUUUAUCAACAGUUCAGUCCUCAAUUAAUCACAAGCCACUUCGAUUAUCACCACAACGAGUCUCACCUAAACUCGAUUUUAUUAGAAUUCCACAAAAUCACAAAAUCUACUGCGGCUACUCUUGCUUUGAGGUUAAGGAUGUUAGCUAUAGACCUCCAGGGACUGAGCUUAAUCUCCUAAAUAAAGUUACCUUUUCGCUUCCAGAGAGAAGUUUUGGCUUGAUUUUUGGUCAAAGUGGGAGUGGAAAAACUACUCUUUUGCAGCUUCUUUCCGGGAUAAGCAAACCAACGUCAGGUUCGAUUUGUGUUCAAAGAUAUGGGAAUGAUGGAAAUCCAAACCAAUUGCCUGAACAGCUAUCUCCUGAAAAAGUUGGUAUUGUCUUUCAAUUUCCCGAGAGGUACUUUGUGGCUGACACUAUUGCUGAUGAAGUUACAUUUGGGUGGCCAAGGCGAAAGAGCAGCGUUCAAUUAAGGGAGCAUCUUGCUUUGAAUCUGCAAAGAGCUGUAAAUUGGGUUGGAUUGAAUGGGAUCUCAUUGGAUAAAGAUCCUCACUCGCUAAGUGGUGGAUAUAAACGUCGGCUUGCCCUGGCUAUUCAAUUGGUUGAAGUCCCAGAUCUGUUGAUAUUGGAUGAGCCUCUUGCUGGUCUAGAUUGGAAGGCACGUGCAGAUGUUGUAAAGCUUUUGAAGCACUUGAAGAAGGAAUUGACUAUCCUUGUUGUCAGUCAUGAUCUCAAAGAGUUAGCAGCUCUAGUUGAUCAUUCCUGGAGGAUGGAAAUGGGCGGAUUUCUGAGGGAAGAGCUUCUUCCAGUGUAACCUUGGAGUGGACUAUUGCCUACCUUACCACAUGUUAUGCUAUGAGAUGAAGUUUGAUUUGGCGUCAUAUGCCCAACAUAAGCUCCUCCCUUAAUAAUCUUACCUUCUCGCGUCUGAAGAAACUGAUUUCCUGAAUAAUCACUUGUUUGGAAAGAGAAUGAUAAUUCAAUAAUUCAAAUGGAACAUGCAAAAAUACCAAUCAUGUCUACUAAUUAAGUUGGUUACAUCUUAGUCUUCGCAGCUUUAUUAUUAUACAGAGAGAUAAGAUGCAUACCAUAUAUUGUUCACAUCUCCUUGUGUUCAUGACCAUUACAAUCACUCACAAAUACAUAUGAAUGUAGAUGAUACAAUCAAACAGCAUAUUGCAAGUAUGCUUUAGCUCCUUUGCUACAGCUCCAGCACCAAAUCUACAUUAUCAAUACUGGAAAAGGGUUAGAUAUGUGCAUCAAUAAGCGUAAUCAUAUCAGUAAUUCACCUUGAUGAUCACAAUGAGGUCAAAUUAGCUCUUUAAAGAUAAAAAUACUAUCAAUGCGGUAGCAUACAUAGGGAAAUACACUAUUGAAUGAUUGACUAAUUUAAUGGCUGGAUGUCUGGCCUAAGUAGACAAUUUAAAUUAUCUUGGAACAUGAAUGGUUGUCUGCUAAUAAUGUUUGACAUAAUAAAUGAAAAUUCAUCUUAAAUUUGUUUCUUUUACUUUCUAUUUUGUUUUUUGGCAGAAAUGUUGAUUUAUGUGUCAACAUGUCACAAUAUAAUUUUGAUUGUGCGUUGAAGAUCUAAUUUUAAAUUUUAGUCUGCUUUGAGGAAAAAUAGUAAUAGUAAGCAGAAAAUUGUUUACUCGGGUGUUGGUUACCUGUUUUGGAAUUUUCCUUUCCCUGCAAGUUUGAUUCAUGUUCAACCAGAUAUCAUAAUGUAGUAGAAUGUAUUCAAAAGAGUUAAGACGUUUCAACUGAAAAUAUUGUGAGAAAACAAGAUUAUGUAUCUGAAUAUUCGAUAAGAAUGUAGAAUCUGUUUUCUUUUACAAUCAAUAUAAAUAUGCUGUCAAUAAAUAAAUGUACAUUGGUUU